AUCCGCUAGUCUUUUCUCCUCUGCGCUCUAACCGGCGAAAAAAGGAAAGUCUGAAAAAGCUAGAUAUUGUCGCUGGGCUGGUUAAGACACCGCCUUCCACCUUAAGAAGGUCCUGGGACUUUGCAGAAAGUUGAACUGCUGGGUGGCGAGAGAAAGAGAAAAAAGCUCAUCUCCAGGAAAUGAGUAAAGUAGGGGGGGAAAUCGUAGUAAAGCUACUCUCGUAGCUAAAAGCAACAGGCGUGUAGGAUGCUCAGAGAAGAAGGAAGUGCUUCAGACAGAGGUUUGGAUCGCAGUCGGCACGAAAAGUCGAAGCCUGAAACAAACCUGGCUUGAAAAAGCAGAUUAAAAACGGUUUCUCUCGGUCGUUUAAACGUAAAGUAAAACGUUUGUUGCAGGACGCAGUAAGAUUUUAUUAUGCCGGCCGGAUUCUUCCGGGUGUGCUUGGUGGUAAUAACAGCUAUUAUCAACCAUCCACUUCUGUUCCCAAAGGAAAAUGUUACUGUUUUUGAAAACACAGAAGAAAUCAUUGAAAAGAUGAAAGAGCGUGAGGAGAACCUGAGGCUAGAGCAGCUGAAACUGGAGCAGGAAUUAGCAGCACAAGAAGUUUCAGUGGAUUCUUCAGAGGAGAAGAAGACUGGACCAGAAAAACAGUAUGACCAUGAUUCACUUUCUUGGAAUUUCUGGACUGCUUUGUCCAUGAUAGUCUUUCUUCUGAUUGAAUUCUGGAGACAGGAUUACCAGGAAGGGAACUGGCAAGAUUAUACCAAAGAAGAUGAUGAAAUUAAUGUGCUAGGAAGACCAUUCAAGGGUUUUAUUCUACCAGACAAAGUCACAUUGGACAGUUUUUAUGAAAGAUGCCUCCAGAAUAUGACAAGUGAUAUUGCUAGGAACCGAGAGCUUGUGGAAGGCUUUGCAGAUGAUUUAUUAGAAGCUUUGAGAAGCGUGUGUAACCGAGAUACUGACAUGGAAGUGGAAGAGUCUAUAGGAGUUGGGAGCAUGUAUGAAAACUGGAGAGCAAACAAGCCUUUCACUUGUGAUUUCAUUGUCCCCUUUAAUCCCCCAGAGCCAUACUGUUUCCAGUUUGAGACCUGGUGUUCAGAAGAGUCUAUUCUACCAGACAAAGGAAGUUAUGGUAUGAUAAAGAUCAUCCGGGCAGAUGAGAACUCAUCAAGUUGUAUUUGUGAUAAAACUAAAUUGGGGGAAGAUUUACUUUGUCUGCUUCAUAGCAAAGUGAGCCAAACUAGACAGAGUAACCAUAUGGAAGAUCUCCUUUGCUUCAAAGACACUCAGUAUCUUGAUUCUGACCAGGUUAUGACAUGGUUCCAGAUGGCACUUACCAAGGGAUGGAAUAAAAUUGCACACAAGUAUGAAUUCAGUCUUGUUUUUAAUCACCUGGAUACUCCAGGUGCCCUGAAAAUCAAGUUCAGGUCUGGGAAAACCAUCACAUUCAAUCUCAGGCCUGUGGUACAAUACGCAGAUUCUGAUGUAUAUUUUAUCUCUCACUUUCCAUUCAACAGCUUGGCACAGAGCUUCACCAGCAACACUCACUGGUUUCUCACCUUUACUGUGUAUGAGAAAAGAUAUAUCCAGUUUAUUUCCAAAACUUUGCCUGCUAAUCCUUGCCACCUCAGUUGCCUCCAGAUUUUGUCUUUCCUUCAUGGAAAGCAGUGCAAUCUGACAGAACCGAGUAGCCUGACAAACUACCACUUCAAAACAGUAAUGCUGCAUUUGCUACAAAUCCAUCCUAGUUCAGCAUGGACUUCUGACUGUCUGGAGGCCAGGCUACAAGAUGUACUCAACUUUUUGGAGAAAAGCUUGCAAGAAAAAAGGCUUUACCACUUUUUCAUUGGAAAUAGAAAUCUGCCACAGGAACUGGGUGUUCCAGUGGAGUUUCAAAAGGCAGAACCACUGAACCUUUUCCGGCCCUUUGUACUGCAACGAAGCACUUACAGAAAAGCUAUGGACAUGUUCCAUGAGAUGCUUAAAAAUACAUCAGCUUUAAUUAAUGAAUAUUCCAUGCAUGUUCCAAAUGGACGGGCAACUCCACUAAAUAAAGAACUUUUCUGACAGUUCCUUCUUUGACAGCUACCAUAUAUGCAGAUCUCCCCAUGGGAGAAGACAUAUACAUGUUGUAGAAUUUACAGAUAUCUGUAUGACAAACACCAUUCUCAUUUUCUUUCCAAUGAUCUUGGCUGAUAUUUAUGCAACCUUCAACAUUUUUACCACUGUGUAUUUCUUUGUUGUAAUGCAAGGAAAAACAUUUUUAAUUUAUUAUAUUACAGUUUUAGGAAUAUAGUGGAAUCUGUGUUAAGUGUUCUGUUAUUGCUGCUGUGGCAAAGUACCAUAGCCAGACUAUGUGCCUUAUAUACAAGAUCUGACAGAUGAUGUACAAUUAAGUAAUAGAUCUCUACUGCCAGGGUUUUUUAAAUGUAAUUUUAAAUUAGUUUAGAUAUAUGUAGCAAAACAUGUUUCAAUAUAGCUUUAUGCAUUUGACAGUGCAAUUCCAAAUUAUGCCUUUUAGAAGCAGAUCCUACUAAAUUUGGAACAGCUUACUUCUAAGGGAUCUCAGCUUAAAUAGGCUUGACAUAUUUGGAAUCAGAAACUCUUCAACAGAUCCAAUUUUGCCCAUCUUCAGUGAAAUGAAUUCACACCUUUAAAUCAGCAAGAAUAAUCCCUAAAUCUAUGUAAUAAAAUAAAACCAGGCUCCUGGGUAACCUUU